AUGCGGGUGCACGUGCAGCGGCAGCACGCCUGGCGCACUGCGCAAGGGUUCUCAGCGUUACGUACCGACGACGUGCGGGUGCACGUGCAGCGGCAGCACGCCUGGCGCACUGCGCAAGGGUUCUCAGAGUUACAUACCGAUGACUUGCGGGUGCACGUGCAGCGGCAGCACGCCUGGCGCACUGCGCAAGGGUUCUCAGCGUUACGUACCGACGACGUGCGGGUGCACGAGCAGCGGCAGCACGCCUGGCGCACUGCGCAAGGGUUCUCAGCGUUACGUACCAAUGACGUGCGGGUGCACGUGCAGCGGCAGCACGCCUGGCGCACUGCGCAAGGGUUCUCAGCGUUACGUACCGAUAACCUGCGGGUGCACGUGCAGCGGCAGCAAGCCUGGCGCACUGCGCAAGGGUUCUCAGCGUUACGUACCGAUGACGUGCGGGUGCACGUGCAGCGGCAGCACGCCUGGCGCACUGCGCAAGGGUUCUCAGCGUUACGUACCGAUGACUUGCGCGUGCACGUGAAGCGGCAGCACGCCUGGCGCACUGCGCAAGGGUUCUCAGCGGUACGUACCAGUGACGUGCGGGUGCACUUGCAGCAGCAGCACGCCUGGCGCACGGCGCAAGGGUUCUCAGCGUUACGUACCGAUGACUUGCGCGUGCACGUGAAGCGGCAGCACGCCUGGCGCACUGCGCAAGGGUUCUCAGCGUUACGUACCAGUGACGUGCGGGUGCACGUGCAGCAGCAGCACGCCUGGCGCCAAGGGUUCUCAGCGUUACGUACCGAUGACAUGCGGGUGCACGUGCAGCGGCAGCACGCCUGGCGCACUGCGCAAGGGUUCUCAGCGUUACGUACCGAUGACAUGCGGGUGCACGUGCAGCGGCAGCACGCCUGGCGCACUGCGCAAGGGUUCUCAGUGUUACGUACCGACGACGUGCGGGUGCACGUGCAGCGGCAGCACGCCUGGCGCACUGCGCAAGGGUUCUCAGAGUUACGUACCGAUGACUUGCGGGUGCACGUGCAACAGCAGCACGCCUGGCGCACUGUGCAAGGGUUCUCAGCGUUACGUACCGAUGACCUGCGGGUGCACGUGCAGCGGCAGCAAGCCUGGCGCACUGCGCAAGGGUUCUCAGCGUUACGUACCGAUGACGUGCGGGUGCACGUGCAGCAGCAGCACGCCUGGCGCCAAGGGUUCUCAGCGUUACGUACCGAUGACGUGCGGGUGCACGUGCAGCGGCAGCACGCGCCUGGCGCACUGUGCAAGGGUUCUCAGCGUUACGUACCGAUGACCUGCGGGUGCACGUGCAGCGGCAGCAAGCCUGGCGCACUGCGCAAGGGUUCUCAGCGUUACGUACCGAUGACGUGCGGGUGCACGUGCAGCAGCAGCACGCCUGGCGCCAAGGGUUCUCAGCGUUACGUACCGAUGACGUGCGGGUGCACGUGCAGCGGCAGCACGCCUGGCGCACUGCGCAAGGGUUCUCAGCGUUACGUACCGAUGACAUGCGGGUGCACGUGCAGCGGCAGCACGCCUGGCGCACUGCGCAAGGGUUCUCAGCGUUACGACCGAUGA